GCUGGGGAAUACUAAAACAUUUUCUUUUUGGUUUGUAAAACCACAGAAGCCAUGCAUAGGCGUGUGGUCAUAGUUUGUCAGAAAUGGAGAUCGCAAGAGGAAACGUGAUCAGUCUUGUAGAGGAUUCAGAGAAGUGCCACAUGCAAAUGAGAAAGCUGCUUUGUUGUACAGAGGCAGACUUCCCCUGCGUUUAUCAUUACAGCUCAUUUAUGUCGCGAAGCUCGAUGCGGCAAGCUCAGACGUCACCUCAAGUUUUUCAGGAAAAGGAUUUUUUUUCUCUGUCGGGUGAAUUCCAGAGUUUGAGUUAGUGCUGCUACAGCUGUAAAAGAGAAGGCAGAAGCUUAUACAGCUGCUUCGGUCUACUUUACAGCUGCCUCUGUCUCUGCUACAUGAGCACUUUGACCCCAGGUGACACCUAGACAGCUGUGACUUUGGAAUCUACAAAACUCCGAAGACUGCCGAGAUGGUAUUCGAAGACUGGAUACGCUUUUGAUGUCCCUGCUUUUUCUCUUGUGGAUUUGUUAAUGGAAUUAUGGAGGAACUCAGUUAGGGUGACUUGUGACUUCAGGUGGCGACAGACAAGGUAGCAGGUAAGCUGAGUUCGACUCUUUCAUGGGUGAAGAACUCAGUGUCGCACACGGUGAGUCAGAUGGCUAGUCAGGUGGCCACUCCGUCUUCGCUACACACCACUGUGGCUUCAUCCACUGCCUCACUGUCCUCACCCUCCUCAGCCUCGCCGACUCAGCUCAGCCCAGAUGAUGUGGAGCUGCUGGCCAAACUAGAGGAGCAGAACAGGUUGUUGGAGACGGACAGUAAAUCUUUGCGCUCUGUGAAUGGAUCUCGAAGGAACAGUGGCUCUUCACUGGUGUCUAGUUCAUCCGCCUCCUCCAACUUGUCGCAUUUGGAGGAGGAUUCGUGGAUCCUGUGGGGACGCAUUGUCAACGAGUGGGAAGAUGUGCGGAAAAAGAAGGAAAAACAGCUAAAGGAACUGGUUAGGAAAGGUGUUCCGCAUCACUUCCGAGCGAUAGUUUGGCAGUUGUUGUGCAAUGCCCAGAACCUACCCAUAAAGGAGCAAUACUCUGAGCUGCUGAAGAUGACCUCGCCCUGUGAAAAACUCAUCCGCAGAGAUAUUGCCCGUACCUACCCCGAGCACGAGUUCUUUAAAGAGAAGGACAGUCUGGGUCAGGAGGUGCUCUUUAAUGUGAUGAAGGCUUAUUCUCUGGUUGAUAGAGAAGUGGGCUACUGUCAAGGAAGUGCUUUUAUUGUCGGCCUUCUUCUGAUGCAGAUGCCAGAGGAAGAAGCAUUCUGUGUGUUUGUGAAACUGAUGCAGGAGUACAGGCUGAGAGAGCUUUUCAAACCCAGUAUGGCUGAAUUGGGCCUCUGCAUGUAUCAGUUUGAAUGUAUGAUUCAGGAGCAGCUACCAGAGCUCCAUGUGCACUUCCAGGCCCAGAGUUUCCACACCUCCAUGUAUGCUUCAUCCUGGUUCCUCACCAUCUUCCUCACCUCUUUUCCUCUUCCUGUUGCCACCAGAAUCUUUGAUAUAUUCAUGUGUGAGGGUUUAGAGAUCGUGUUUCGUGUGGGGAUGGCCAUCCUGCAGAUGAAUCAGGCUGAGCUCAUGCAGUUGGACAUGGAGGGAAUGUUGCAGCAUUUUCAAAAGGUCAUACCUCAUCAGCUGGACAGUGGACCAGAUAAAGUCAUCCAGGUUGCUUAUCAAGUCAAGUACAAUGCCAAGAAAAUGAAAAAAUUGGAAAAGGAGUACACUACAAUCAAAACAAAGGAGAUGGAGGAACAGGUGGAGAUUAAGAGACUACGCACAGAAAACAGACUUCUGAAGCAGCGAAUAGACACUCUGGAGAAAGAAAGUGCUUCUUUGGCAGAUAGAUUGAUCCAGGGUCAGGUGACACGAGCCCAAGAAGCGGAGGAGAACUACCUGGUCAAGCGGGAGCUGGCCACGGUCAAACAGCACAUUGAGGAGACCAGCGUACAGCUGGAGCAAGCGCAAAGCACCAUCCGACAACUCCAGCAGCCAUUUGCGAAGGGGAAUCCACGCUACACUGAGGAGUCCAUCCUGCAGUUGGAGAGAGAACUGGUGCAGGCCCGCUUAAAGGAGGCUGAGUCUCAGUGCGCACUGAAAGAGAUGCAGGACAAGAUACUCGAUAUGGAACAGAGAAAUACAUCCCUGCCAGAUGAGAAUAACGUGGUACGUCUUCAGGAGGAGCUAAUUGGUGUGAAGCUGAGGGAGGCAGAGGCUCUGACAGGCCUUAAAGAGCUUAGACAGCAGGUCAGAGAUCUGGAGGAGCACUGGCAGAGGCAUCUGGCACGCACGGCGGGCCGCUGGAAAGACAGUCCACGCAAGAAUGCAGCAAGUGAGCUUCAGGAUGAGCUGAUGAGCGUGAGGCUCAGAGAGGCAGAGGCACAAGCUGAGCUUAGAGAGACCAGACAGAGGAUGCUGGAACUGGAGACUCAGAAUCAGAUACAUAGUAAUCAACUUCGACGAGCAGAACUCGAGGCACGGAAUCAACAGGAUCGAUUGCAGGUUUUGAGCAACCAGAACAAGAUGUUGCAUUCAGAGCUGCAGGAGACAAAGCGGAAACAGGCUGAAAUAGAGUGCAAGAAUAAAGAAGAGGUAAUGGCAGUGAGAUUGAGAGAAGCUGACAAUAUUGCUGCCAUGGCUGAGCUUCAGCAGCAAAUCUCUGAGCUUGAGAUUCAGAAAGAGGAAGGAAAAGUCCAAGGUCAGCUCAACAACACUGAUUCCAGCCAGUACAUCCGAGACCUCAAGGAUCAGAUAGCAGAUCUCAAGCAUGAGAUCCGAUGUUUGAGAGGGCAUCAGGGCUUACCAAACCAACACACUUUUGAUGGGAUUCAUAUAGUCAAUCACUAUGGAGGAGACAAUGAAUCCUACCAGUCCUCUGAUGAAGAUGGAGUGAAGCUGUCACCCCAUCUGACCGCUCAUCAGAUUAGAGGCCGGAUCACACUACAUCCAAACCUGGAGGACUCCGAAAGUGAGGGUGACGAUGAAGGAGAUGCCCUACGACUUACCGUGCCCUCAAAUGUCAGCCAUAAGACAACGACAGUGUGAAGGCCUGAACGGAAGGAGAGCCAUGAGCUCGUCCUUUAAACGUGAACAUGGGACUUGAACUUGAAAAGCCAUCGUUCAUCUUUACUAAUGGAAUCUUAUCUCUUAAGGUCAUGGUUUACAUCUGCAUUUGUUUUGUUUUUGCCAAAAUGCGUCAGAUGUCUGUCCUGGCUGUAGUUUUUAAUUUUAGCCGCGAUAAAGAGGGCAAAUGUGUCUGUCUGUGAAGGCACUUUGAGAUCCUUCAUAUUAAGCAGAAAUCAUCAUUUUUGUGGCAGGAGAUUCCCAGAACUUUAAAAGGGGGUGUUUUUAAUACCCCAAGAUUUUUUUCAUAUGAACAGAAGCAACUUUGUAUAGCCUAUAGUGUUUUAAGCAUUAAGAUUUUGCAUUGUUAUAGAUUUUAUUUUUUAAAUCAUCUUCAUCAUCUUUUUUUUUGCAUACACACCUUGAGAAACCAGGGAGCGCAUAACUUUUAGGUAAACAUAUUAAAGAACAGAACACUAUCAUCUUUAAAUUGUUUCAUUAAUACCACGGUGUCAUAUCUUAAGUUAGCAGGCCUUUUCUUCUGGCAUGAAUUGUUAUUGGUCAUGAAUUGUGAGUCAAUGAACCAGCAUCUGUAAAUAUGUACAUGUUUUGAUUUGUUUUUUAGUUUUCUGCCCAUCUCCAUUAUUACUUGAAUGUGUAUUCAAUGGAUAUCAUGUCUAUAUUGUAACACAUUGUAUAGUUAAGUUGAAAGGGAUGUAUUACUGAAUUUGGGAGGUUUUGGAGGAAACAACUUUUCUUUGAUGUACUGUAGCUUUUCUGUAGUCAAGUUCUCCAUUUCACAUGAUGGAGAUUUGUUUUUGUGCCUGGAAAGAUUCUCCAAAAUUCUUGCUGAUUUCCAAUAUUUUCUACAACACGUGGUAUGCUGUGCAUGUUCUAUAUCAAAAAUACCUGCAAACUGAUGGAAGUGGAGGCAGAGAGGUGUGUUUAUCAGAACAGUGUUCUCAUUUCUCUGGCCCUGCUUAAGCAAGUGCCAUUUUUCUGUUUAUGUCUAUUUCUACCAGCUCGCUUCUGAAUCAGUUUGCAUUUUGCACAGAUGACAUGCAUAUGGCUUCACAAUAAUGAACAAUAUUAUGUUUUGCUGUUUACAGCGAUAUAUUUAAUUCAGCUUCACCCUCCAUUUUUGUUCUUCUUUGGUAAGUUUUUGUGACCCAGUGGUUCUUCAAAAAAUGAAGUGAUUUCAUUUCAGACUGCUAUUUGGGCACCUGAGUGUAAGCCUUAAACCUAUCGUGGUGGAUGCAAAUUUGGUACACUGUUUGCCCAUCGUUUGAAAACGGCCUGUUCGCCUACAAAACAAAGACUUUUGCGAAAGGAAUUGCAAAGGACAGAACACUAAGUGAUUAAAGCGUUAUUUAUUUAACUUCAGAAAGAUCGAGUGUUUCACAGUGAAUUCCUGUGGAAUGUUCCUGUGGGCAUUAGAGGCUUUACAAACCGUUGACAAUACAAUAAAAUUGUCUUUAAGACGAUGGACAUGUUGAUUCAGAACACAAUAAAAUAUCAUUUGAUAGAA